CCUCAGCAUCCUGGGCACGUGGACGGGCCCGGCCUGGAGCCCGGCCCAGAGCAUCUCCUCGGUGCUGAUCUCCAUCCAGUCGCUGAUGACAGAGAACCCGUACCACAACGAGCCCGGCUUCGAGCAGGAGCGGCACCCCGGCGACAGCAAGAACUACAACGAGUGCAUCCGGCACGAGACCAUCCGCGUGGCCGUGUGCGACAUGCUGGAGGGGAAGUGCCCCUGCCCCGAGCCCCUGCGGGGUGUCAUGGAGAAAUCCUUCAUGGAGUAUUUGGAUUUCUACGAGGGCGUGUGCAAGGAGAGGCUCUACCUGCAGGGCCAGACCAUGCAGGACCCUUUCGGGGAGAAGCGCGGGCUCUUCGAUUACCAGGCGCUGCUGGCGCGGCUGCAGGCGCUGCGGGCGCGGCUGCAGGAGCGGCACCAGCCCGACAGCGCCGACAUGGACUCGGAGAGCAGCUCCUCGGAGCCCGAGCCGGACUCUCAGACCUGCCCCAAGGCUUAACCGCGCCCUAAGCCGGGCUUAAGGACCUCAGCACAGCCGGGGGAGAGCCGCGGGAUCCUCCCCUCCCUCCUCCCGCACCGCCCCGAGCGCCGCGAGAGAGAAUUCCCAGAGAGGAGAAUUCCCAAAAAAAAAAA